GAUCGCUCUCCAUUCUCCGGAACACACACAACAAACAGACGGAGAUAAAACUCUCACUGCUUGACAGUGAUCACUAGCUCUAAUUCACUUCCAUCCGAACCCAGUACUCAAGCAUGGCGGCGGCGAAGGCAACAAGGACUCUCGUCUGCAUCAUUCUGCUCGUGGCGGCGGUGAUGAUGAUGGCUGUGCCGGGCGAGGCGGCGACGUGCAGCCCGACGCAGCUGAGCCCGUGCGCGCCGGCGAUCAUCGGGAACGCGGCGCCCACCGCGGCGUGCUGCGGGAGGGUGAAGGCGCACCCGGCCAGCUGCCUCUGCAAGUACAAGAAGGACCCCAACCUGAAGCGCUACGUCAACUCACCCAACGGCAAGAAGCUCUUCGCCGCAUGCAAGGUGCGCCUCCCCAGCUGCUAAGCUCCGCAGCGCGCUGAGCUGAGCUAGCCACUGAAGCACUGAGCUAUAUGUAUGUGUGCGUGAGGUCCGUUGAGCGGAAAUAAAUAAUUUAACCUGCCGGCCGGGCCGUACUUUGUGGUCUGGUGCGAGUUACUAUUAUAUAUGCAGAGUUAUCACAUAUGAACUGCACGUGUGUGUGUGGCUUCAUCUUUUACAGUAAUAAAAUCGGUGAUUUGUGACUA